UGUUCCGAGGCUCCUCCUUAUCCGAAUCCUUCGGCUCUGUUUUUGGCCAGGGCACUGUGCCGCCGAUUCGCCGACUUUUCAGAUACGUUUCGGCUGGCGAAAGGGAAAGUUCGAACCGCGGACGCGUGACCCGGGAAAUCCUUCGCUUUUCCGGCUGUUUUUCCGACUUUUCUGCGGGCUGCGUGAGAACGCACUUUUGGUACGUGUUUAUCCGCCGUAGGAAUAACCCUUUAAAAAAUCUGUUGACAGUGGCCGUGAGGCCAGCAUCUUGGUCUCAUUUAAAUAUUAAUUGAGCCACCCGUUCGAAUAGCGUAUUAUGAGCGGAGAAUGAGGCGAGCGACACGCGCAUUGCCGGGUCAGUGUCAGGCCCUCCUCGUCAGCCUCAUUAUAAUCGUGUGCGCCGCAUUAAUCAUUCAAAGCGAGCGAAUCGACGAGGCGAAAGCUCAGCGGAGACGCGAACCCGGCGUGGUGAAUUCGUGGGAACCCGGCAACGAAAAUGGCACCGCCAGAAAUCGCAUGGCGCGCAGUGUGUUCCACGUGCGCUGGAAUCCCAACGAGAAGUUCAUUGUUGAGAGUCGCGAGAGUCCAGCCAUCAACUCCUCCAAACUGGCUCCACAUCCCCGACUAAAGGUGUCCAAGAACACCAAGCUCACCCUCAGCCCCAAGCUGUAUCUCUGCCAUGACAAGCACUCGGAACUGUGCCACAACAAGACCCAGCAGUUCCGGCAGCGCAUUGUCCAGACCUUCGAGAAGGCCAUGAUUGAGUCGGUCAACGAGUCGCAGGCGAACCACUACAACGUGGACUACAAGCCGGUGUUCGGCGACAGCUUCGAGGAGCAGUACUACCCCUCCACCUGUCUGGUCAUGGAGGCCGGCGUGCGAGUCCUGCGCCGCAAGGAUGCGCCCUUUAACAAGCUGCCCUUCGGCCGGCUCUUCCCACGCCAGAAACUCUUUCGCAACAUCAAGGACAUCAAGACCUGUGCGAUCGUCUCCAGUGCGGGCUCCUUGGCGGGUUCCAAACUGGGUCGUUUUAUCGACACGCACGACAUUGUGAUGAGAUUCAAUCAUGCGCCAACGCAAGGACACGAGGUGGAUGUUGGCAGCAAAACCACAAUUCGUGUGGUGAAUUCGCAAGUGGUGACCAAGCCGGAGUUCGACUUCACCCAUGCCCCCAUCUUCCGGAACGUAACAAUUGCCGCCUGGGAUCCGGGCAAGUACAAUGGCACCCUGGAGGAUUGGCUCACCAGCGCGGACUACGAUCUGUUCACCAACUACGAGAUAUACAGGCGUCGGUAUCCCAAGUCACGCGCCUUCCUGAUCGAUCCCCAUUCGGUUUGGCGCCUGUGGCAGAGCUUGCAAAUGUUUGCCGGAAACCGACCAAUCAGCCGGAAUCCGCCCAGUUCCGGUUUUAUAGGAUUGGCCCUGCUCCUGCCGCACUGUCCGCAGGUGGACUUCGUGGAGUAUGUGCCCUCCACGCGGCUCAAUGGCCGCUGUCACUACUACAGCAAGGAGAUGAACUCCGCCUGCACAUUCGGCUCGUGGCAUCCGCUGGCCGCCGAGAAGCUGAUGGCCCUGGACAUGAACAUGGCGGAGGACGAUGACAUGUCGGUGUUCCAGUUCGGCAUCCUGCGGAUCCGCAGGCCGGACAAAUUGCUCUGCGGUUUCAACUUCUUUGGCUACUGAGCUACUGAGGGGCAUUGAAUCGCGAUGCGAUGGCGGAAGUGACAGUGACAAUCCAGGUGCAUUUAAUCAAGCGGUUUUCAUCGAGUGCA